UUGAAAGCAAUUUGCUCCAGCCUCCCCUCUGUUUUCACUCUAAUUCUACAGCCUGCACUAGGAGGGUUGAAACUGGCGGCUUGAGUGUUAACUCACCCAUGUAAAGCGACCACCGGAGCUCACCGCUGCAAUAACUAAGCCUGUCUUGGCAGUAAGAGGAUUGGUUGACUGUAAAAACAUCUGCCUGACGCUUGGUUGCAGAGCGUGAACGGGUGUUGAGGAAGCGUCUCUCUAUCACGGACGAGCAUGUGAGCAAGUAGCCUACAGCUUUUGAUAGUAUCGUUUAAUGGCACCUUACGCUAUUGAAUUGGGAUGACACUAAUUCAUCUCCUAGUAGGUGUCCAUUAGCCUAUCAAUUUAGUCACUGCGCGCAAGUGGUUGGUUUCUGUUAUGCUCAAUGGAGAGCAAACUGAUUCUUCACUCUGUCGGUAAAAGCAGUCACGGUAUGGCUUUUUUUCUUAUUCAUCUGCUUCUGCAAAUGGGAUUCGUUUUCGGAUCUAAUUAUGGGUAUGUGGAAUGGUCGGAUAACGACAAAGACGCUGAAAUACGAUCGAAGAACCCCACUAUGUACAGCACUCAAAAUAUCAACAAGGAAUCGAUGCACCAUCCAACUUCUUACCCAGGACCCUUCACGGAGCGCACCAUUGUGGCGCACAAAAUCGAAGAGGACCUGCCUAGGGUGGUAACAGCUUUCCUGCACACGGGAGACUCGUCGGCUCUUGAACAAGUCAACUGUUCUCGGAGGUAUGAGUUGAGUAGCCUCCGCGGUGGAACCAAUGUGGCCUCACACUAUUUUCUCCAUAGCGUGCUGGACACCAUGGCGCACGCAACCAACUUUCUGAACAUGAUUUUACAAGCCAACAGGUCAAGAGAGCACAGCCUUCGGAGGGAUAUUCACUGGUACCACGCACUGGUUCGGAGUAUUCUCGAGGGGGACCCCAAAAUUCACAGGGCAGUGGUUACAUUCCAUACUGAUGCUCCGACGCCGAGUCCCCAUGUUUUCCUUCAAGCGACAAGAACUGGAGGGGAAGUGGUUCUCCAGGACCUUUCCAACUCCGCUCACCACCAUCUCAAGAGCAGGAGCCCGGAUUCUGAGUGGUUUAACGAGUUCAGGGACCGAAAAAAAACGUACAUACAGAGAAGGGCGUCGAGCCGAGACCCAGUAGCCACUCAAAAUGGCUACAUUCUCGACAAAAGUCAAAUCAAGUGGUCUGCGCCUUACCUGGAAUGCGAGCAUGGGAAUUUCGUACCACACUGGCUACUCACCUUGUCUGCAGGGUUCUAUGGUCUGAAGACAAAUUCCGCGCCCGAGUUCAGGGGUGUGGUUCGAGUGGACAUCAACCUCCAGGAUGUGGACAUUGACCAGUGCUCCAGCAGUGGCUGGUUUGCUGGAACUCACCGCUGUAAUCUAACCAGCAUGGAUUGCAAUCCCAUUGUCGGACAUGGAUUCGUGCUAGACAACUACAAGUGCCAAUGCCGGAGAGGCUUCUACCAUCCUAGCAGAGUGGCACUCAACGGCUUUACAAAGAGCGGUGGUCACGCUCACGGUGAGGACCCCUCGGAGGGGUCCAGUAGGUGUCUGCCAUGCCGUGAGGGCUGCCCCUACUGCCGGGAUGACACGCCCUGCUUGGCUCAGGAGGACGGAGCCCUUCGGCUUUCCGUAGCCUCCUUCCAGGGCCUCUGUAUGCUGCUGGACUUAGUGGCCAUGGUGCUGGUCUACCACUUCCGCAGGAACAAGAGGAUCCGAGCGUCUGGUCUCGUCCUCCUGGAAGCCAUCUUGUUUGGAGCCUUGCUUCUCUACUUUCCCGUGAUGAUACUGUACUUCAGCCCCAGCGUGUUGCGCUGUAUCCUCCUGAGAUGGGUGCGUCUCCUGGGCUUUGCCACGGCCUACGGAACAGUGAUCCUGAAGCUUUACAGGGUGCUGAAGGUGUUCCUGUCCCGUACGGCACAGCGGACACCCUACAUCACCAGCUGGCGGGUGCUGCGUCUGCUGGGGGUCAUCCUGCUGGUGGUGUUGUGGUUUCUGGUGGCCUGGACCUCGGCCGUGUGUCAGACUCCUGACCGGACGUCGGCCCUCAUCGAUGUGGGCCUCACCCCCGACGGGCUGCAGUUCAGCAUGUGCCUGCUGGACCGCUGGGAUUACAUGAUGGCAGUUGCCGAGUUCCUGUUUCUUCUGUGGGGAGUGUACCUCUGCUAUGCUGUCCGGACCGUACCGUCAGCCUUCCAUGAACCACGCUACAUGACUGUUGCCAUAUACAAUGAACUCCUCAUAUCGGCAGUAUUCCACACCAUUAGGUUCACUCUGGCUCCUCAGUGGCAUCCUGACUGGAUGCUCAUGUUGGUCUUCACUCACACACACCUCACCGUGACUGUGUCUUUGGGGCUGCUGUUUGUACCAAAGUGUCUGUCCACAGUGACCCAGGCGAGUGAUGACAUUGUCACUGAAACCUAUGAAGAGGAGCUGGACAUGGGCCGGUCCGGGUCCUACCUCAACAGCAGCAUCACCUCAGCCUGGAGCGAACACAGCCUGGACCCCGAAGACAUACGGGACGAGCUCAAGAAGCUUUACGCCCAACUGGAAGUCUACAAGCGCAAGAAGAUGCUGGCCAACAACCCACACCUGCAGAAGAAGCGCAGCUCCAAGAAGGGCCUGGGCCGCUCUCUCAUGAGGCGCCUCACUGAGAUCCCGGAGACCUUGCACCGACAUGGCAGCUAUGGCAGCCGUGAGGAACGUGACGGUAGCGAGCACGGGAGCAACCGCAGCACCCUUCGACGGAAUCCCUUCGACUCGUCCCAUUCAGGUCAGAAGUCCAGGGAAGACUCUUUGAAGAACAAAGUUCUGGGCCUGAAUAAGUCACACAGCUACGACCACGUUUGUGACCAAGCUAAGGAAACUGCCGGCGGAGAGGGCUUGGGUGGGGACAAAAUGGCCACCGGCGAUGGUUCCUUGCUGGGAUCUCUCAUUAGGAGGCAGGUUAAGAAGUCACCGGAGCCUGCCCCAAAGGUGGAACCGGCCGAGUCAGUGCCCUUGGUCUGCAAGUCGGCCAGCGCGCACAACUUCACAGCGGACAAAAAGCCCAUUCAGCUGAGGACGUCCAUCAUGCAGAAGUCACUGAGUGUCAUCACCAGUGCCAAAGAGAAGAUGCCCGGGCUCACCAGCAAGACCCAUAGCGCAGAGGAUGCCAGCAAGAAAGGACUCAAAGGUCGCGAUGGGAGGAUGCUGUCUGAGGUGGACGAGAUGGAGUGUUAUCCUAAGAUGAUCAUCAGCCAGUCGGUAGAGUACUCCAGGACACCCAUGGCCAAGAUGGGCAUCAUGAAGCAGCAGGUGAGUGGCAGCCAGCCGUCCAUCAAUACAGAGCCGGGGAGAAACCUGUAUGACCUCUCCGAGGUGUGCUCUUGGGAUGUGGAGGACCCCCCAACCCCGUCGGAUGGAAGGUCCCAGAAGCAUGUGUCCAUUGCUCCGGGAGAGACCACCACGGUCCACAGGGGUGAUGGUGGUGGUGGCACGGGUACCACCAAGGGCAGUCGCUCCCAACAGAAGCAGCAGAGAACCGCAGGGCAAUCGCCUGCAGGCCGACAGCGCUCCAAAGACAAGGGGUGUGAACGAGACGAGGCCAGAGAAACAAGGAAGCCCAGGUCUCCCAGAUCUCCACUCCUGCUCAAACCGGAGGUGUGCCCCUGGGCCUUUGAGGUGCAGCCGAUGUUGGGAGGCGAUUCAGACUCCAUCUCUCCAGAGAGGAUCAGACGUAAGAGGAGCGUCACACCAACUGAUGGGAAGCCCAAGAUCCUCCACUCAGACUACUCCAAAUCCACAGGGAGUCUGCUGCAGCCGCCCACCCUGAUGUUGGACAUCUGUCCCUGGGACUACAAUGAAGCCCCAGCCCCGCCUUCCCCCAGCCAGGAGAAGACCUGCUCCAGUCCCACGGCUCACUCCAAGCGGAAACGAAAAGGUUCGUGCUCCUCCAAAGAAAGGGGAGAGAGGGGUGAGAGAGAGAAAGGAGGGAGGGACAAGGAGGAGGAGAAGCAGCACAGGUCAAAGAGCAAGGAGAGCUCCUCCAGCAGGCCCUCGGAAAGACCACGUGUCAGCCAAUCAUCAGAGGGUGUUCCGGUCACCGUGCCAACAUCUGGGAGACGGAGGAGCUCAACGAGAAACCCGGAGGCGUCGGAGAACAAGAGGGUAGAGGCGUGCCCUUGGGAGGUAGAGGACGCGCAUGCCAGCGUAGCACAGACAAAGCCUUCUCCAGCGAAAGAAAACUCUUUGAGUUCUAAUAACAAACAACCCGUUAGCACUGCUAAAAGGGUUGACGUUUGCCCCUGGGAUUUUGAAGACAAUGGGUCAGAGAAAAGUGCAUGAUAAUCAAAAUGAUAGACUAUGUGUUUUGUAUUCACGACACAAAUGCCUUGCAAACUGGGUUUUAAAGAUAAGGGUGGGAAAAACAGUUGUACUGUGGUUAUGACUAAAUCAUUUUGUGAUGUAAAACAUGCAAUACGGUCUGUUAAAGCAUUCCAAACAAAGUAUUUGUUCAAAUACAAAGUCCUGUUGUUAGUUGUGCAGCUUAAAGUCACUAUCCGCAAUGUAGAGAAAUGUUUAGUCAGCACUAUUUGCUUGUACAUUUGCUCAGUUUGCAGUUUUGCGCCAUUUGUCACACUCUUUAAUACAUUAAACACGUCCUUACUACCUGUGAGGGAAUUUACACUGAAUGAAUUACAGACAACAAUCUGAUUUAGACAGGUUUGUACAAGAACGUGGGACUGAUUUAACCAGUCCAUUUUUGUAAACAACUAAUUGAUGAUGUUGCCACAUGUUCCAUUAUACUGGACUGGAGUUCUAUUUUGUCUGUUUCCUGCACCUGGGUCAUUCCAAUAUUCUAGACUGGAGUUCUCUUUUGUCUGUUUCCUGCACCUGGGUCAUUCCAAUAUUCUAGACUGGAGUUCUCUUUUGUCUGUUUCCUGCACCUGGGUCAUUCCAAUAUUCUAGACUGGAGUUAUCUUUUGUCUGUUUCCUGCACCUGGGUCAUUCCAAUAUUCUAGACUGGAGUUCUCUUUUGUCUGUUUCCUGCACCUGGGUCAUUCCAAUAUUCUAGACUGGAGUUCUCUUUUGUCUGUAUCCUGCACCUGGGUCAUUCCAAUAUUCUAGACUGGAGUUCUCUUUUGUCUGUAUCCUGCACCUGGGUCAUUCCAAUAUUCUAGACUGGAGUUCUCUUUUGUCUGUAUCCUGCACCUGGGUCAUUCUUGUCAAGUAGUGGGCCAAGUAUGAAUUCAGAGUGUUGGUCAUCGGGAAGUGUAUAAUAUAACUUCCAUAUGAAGCACAGUGCACAGAUAAGUAUACUGUUAAUUCUGGGGCCUUAUAGAUUAUACAAUUUGAAUAGUUGAGUAGGAGAAAUAGCUACAUUGGUGCACCAUACAUAGUUACCACUUGCGUAGCAACACGAGGAUGCAUCCCCUUAAGGAAGUGUAUCUAUUUGGUCUCCUUCCAGUCAAACAUGCUUUGUGUUCGUACAAAAAAACAAACUAAAGUUUAUCUUUGAUGCAUACAUUUUGUAAAACUGCUAUAGAAUGUGACAGAGCACUUCCAGAAAUUGCUUUGUUGUCAAUUCAUCAAUUUACAUCCAAAAUGCUACAGCAUUUGGUAAUGGACAUUUUUUGCAACAGAAACAAACAUUUCUUAUUGGACAAGUUCAACUUAGUCCCUCCCCUGUUUCAGUCUGUUUUUCUCCAAUUGGCUUCCUAGUGAGUAAAACCCAGCUAAUCCGUAACACAGUUCUUCUCAGUGGUGGAAAAAGUACCCAAUUGUCAUAAUUGAGUAAAUGUAAAGAUGCCUUAUUGGAAAAUGACUCGUGUAAAAGUGAAAGUCACCCAGUAAAACAGUACUUGAGUAAAAGUCUAAAAGUAUUUGGUUUUAAAUAUACUUAAGUAUCAAAAGUAAAAAGUAUAAAUAAUUUCAAAUUGCUUAUGCAAGCCAAACGACACAAUAUCUUGUUUUUAUUUAUUUACGGAUAGCCAGGGGAACACUCCACCACUCAGACAUAAUUUACAAAUGAAACAUGUAUGUUUAGUGAAUCCGCCAGAUCAGAGGAAGUAGGGUUGACCAGGGAGAUUUUCUUGAUAAGUGUGUGAUUGGACCAUUUUCCUGUCCUGCUAAGUAUUCAAAUGUAACAAGUAUUUGUGGGGUUUCUGGAUAAAUGUAUGGAGUAAAAAAAGUAAAUUAUUGUCUUUAGGAAUAUAGUGAAGUAAAAGUACAAAUUGUCAAAAACAUAAAUAGUAAAGUAUAGAUAUCCCCCAAAAAAUGACUUAAGUAGUACUUUAUGAAGUAUUUGUACUUUAAGUACUUCACACCACUGAUUCCGCUGUAUCCAUUAAUGCUACAGUGACUUCUGCAUGACAGUAAACAUAUUGGCCCAACGUCUCACUGCUCUUAGCAAAGUCUGCUCCGUUAUAACCUGUUUGUUAAGUGAACUUGUACCGCUGUCGUCUUAUUACUAUAAUGCUUGGGUAACACUGCUGUUGCAUCCACAUAGAAAUAUUUAUAUUGUACAUUUAUAUUGUGUUCUGUUGUAAUCGCAUGUACAUAACUCCCCCCUUAAACCUGCAAUAAAUA